AUGCUGCGAUAUCGGCUUCUAUUGCAUAAAUCAACACCGCAGCGAUGGUUUAGCACUAUCCUAAAAGCGCCUGUUGAUGCCCACACAAGGAAUCCUACUAGUGUUUCAAGUGAGAAUAUAGUUUCUCGUAUAUUUGAGUAUGUUGAUGGCAUUUCUAGGCAUGAUAUCUGCAGAUCAAACUCUGAAGAAGCAUUGAAGCUAUUCAACAUGCUGAAAAUAAUUGAGCAAGGCCAUGACAUGAGGAGAGUGAAAAAUAAACUCACCAGGAGAUUCAAAAUACACUAUUCGGCAAUCUUUUAUGCUUUGAGAAAGGUCACUAAGGAUACUGCAUGGCUGGAUAUGAUCUUGUUCAGGAAAAUAGGACCUCGACAAUGCAUGGCUUUUCACAAAUGCUUGUCAAUGAUUAUAGAGUGCAAAGAUAUUAAUUUGGAGCAAAAAAGGAAACGAAUGUAUGACAUUAUUUCUUUCCAACACGAUUUAUUCCCUGAAGCAAGUCAGAAAAGAGGAAUCAUUAUUCCAGAGAUUAUCCACAAGUGGUGUUGGGAAAACCUUCCGAAACAGAAUUCUUUCGAUCAUUAUUAUUUCCUUAUAAAGAAUGAUGUUCAUCUUUCCUCAUCACUGUCAGUUAGAAAAUUGGGGAAAAGGUUAAUGCAGGGCUCGGAAAUGGAAUUGCAAUUGGCUAGCUUACAGAUAUUCUUGCAGAAUGAUGCUCACAAGAACUUGUUUUUUUCCAAAUUCAGCAAAUUACAUUCCUUUGAUUCCAUGUUACUGAUUAUUAAUCGCUUGAUAUAUUUGAAAGAUUUUAGAAAUAUAAAGGUCUAUUUAUCGGCGCUACUGUUCAAGAUGGAUACUGGACAAGUACAUGAUUUUUUCACCAGUGCAAAAAGUAAGCAAUUACUUUUCGUAAAGUUCAAUAACGCACUGCUUUAUUAUUUGUCACAGUCUCAGAAUAUAGAGAUGUUUUUAGAGACGUUCACAACAGAACUACAGUUUAUGAAAAAAAUGGGAUUGAUGGAUGAGGUGGAGCACUCAUUGUCAACCAUGAACUUGUUACAUAAGCCGUUACUUUUUAUUACAAGACUUUUGCGCAAAAAAGGAAUGCACGAAGAGGUCUUCAAAUUAAUCUCCACCAUUCAAAAGCUACCAGUUAAAAAAAAUUAUCAUUUUAAUCAAUUUAUCCUCAAUGAGCUUAUCGCUUCAUUUAGAAGCUUCAAUGAUCCUAAGUUGACGUGUCAAUACGUGAUAUCAGGUUUCAAAAAGGUUGUCACCUGUGAACUUCUCAACGAUAUGGGCUUAUGGAGUGCUGUGUUCCAUAGCCAUCAUCAUACGUUGUCAAAAGACAGUUUGUAUUCAGAGAUCCAAGGUCUCGAAACCUUGCUCCCAACAUCCAUGCAGGUGAAUAGCAUACCUUCAUGUGCUGUUUUGACAGAAAUUUACAGAGUUGUUUUAGCAACGAAUGCUCGGAUUAUGAAUCAGCAGCAGUAUCAGGAUUUCAUAUUAAACUUGUAUUCAAAAUACACAACUUUUCUAAAACAAAAAAAGUCUAAAUUGAAAAGCUUUAGUCAUGAUACGGGAAUUUUGAAUGUGUUUCUUCAUCAUAUCAGAUUUGAGCUGAAAAAUUUCGGUUUGUUAUUUGAAAUACUGAAGGACUUUUACAAUCAGAGGUUUCAGAUUGGAAUAAGAAAUACCACUUCCAGAUGUCCAUUUUCGUUGGUCCUCUAUAAAAAUUAUGAGGUUAGUCAAUCUCAAGUUGAUUAUCUCCUGUCGCUGAUGCAUGAGCAUCGCUUGCCUUUGAAUUUCCAGUUCUGUACUGCGAUGGUUAUUCGAUAUUUGAACUUAAACAAUCCUGACGAGGCAUUAACAUGGUACAAGAGAAUUGUGCAUGCAGGUUUCACUAUAAACCAUGCCUUGCUAAUUCAAGCAAUCGAGGAAAAUGGCUGGGAGUAUCCAGUCAAUUUUGACAAGGCUGUUUUGCAAAGGAUCGAUAAGAAGACAUUAGAACCCACUGAUGAUUCUUUGUUUAUCGAAGACGAUGACGAGCUAAUUGGCGCGAACAACCACAUUUAUAGCAUUGAUCAAGAGGAUUCACUUCGAAAGUUGAUAAAUCUAGUUGAACAUAUUCAAUGA